UUUAGCCUAACUAGCUUAGCUAAUUGUACACAUACAGAUAGAGAGCUAGAGAUAAACCAAUUCACUUUGUGUCCUUUCAUGAGUAAUUAGCAAAAGUUGCGGGCUCAGCCACCCCUAGUCAAUUAGUAAUAGUAUAGUAGCUAGCAAGACUUGUAGUAGUAGUAGUACUAAUUUGUUUUUAGCGGUCCCCUGGAGAAGUUGAUUGAUGGAAGAAGCCUCACAUGAUAAAAUAGAGGGCUCCUCUCCCUCAAAGUUAAAUAACCAGCAUCCCACCAUAAACACACCAAGUAACAACAACAAUAUGCACCACUGCAUGGACAUACCAAUGGGGGGAUUGGAGGUUCACAAGGUUGUUCCUCCACCCCAUAGAAGCACCUUGCAGAAGCUCAUGGCCAGGCUCAAAGAAACCUUCUUCCCAGAUGACCCUUUGCACCAGUUCAAAGGACAGCCACCAAAGAAGCAAUGGAUUCUUGGAGCUCAGUAUGUCUUCCCUAUCCUUGAAUGGGGUCCUACUUACAGCUUCAAGCUCCUCAAGUCUGACAUUAUUUCUGGUGUCACCAUUGCUAGUUUAGCCAUCCCUCAGGGAAUCAGUUAUGCUAAGCUCGCUAAUCUACCUGCAAUUGUGGGUCUCUAUUCCAGCUUUGUUCCUCCUUUAGUGUAUGCUGUUCUUGGAAGCUCAAAAGACCUUGCAGUAGGACCUGUGUCCAUUGCUUCUCUUAUAAUGGGAUCAAUGCUUAUGCAAGAAGUUUCUCCCACAAAAGAUCCAAACUUGUUUCUUCAACUUGCCUUUACUUCAACCUUCUUUAGUGGUAUUAUCCAAGCUUCUCUAGGAUUAUUGAGGCUUGGAUUUAUCAUUGAUUUCCUUUCAAAGGCCACUCUUAUUGGUUUCAUGGCUGGAGCUGCUGUGAUAGUUUCUCUGCAACAGCUUAAGAGCCUCCUUGGAAUACAAAAUUUCACCAAAAAAAUGGCUGUAGUCCCUGUUUUGAGCUCUGUUUUUGAGGAACGAGGGGAGUGGUCAUGGCAGACCAUAUUAAUGGGAGUUUGCUUCCUUCUGUUGCUCCUAAUCGCAAGACACGUCAGCAUGAGAAAGCCAAAGCUGUUUUGGGUCUCAGCUGGAGCCCCUCUUGCGUCUGUCAUCAUCUCCACCGUAAUUGUUUUCGCAAUCAAAGCCAAUCGCCAUGGCAUCAGUGUGAUUGGAGAUUUACAGAAAGGAUUGAACCCACCUUCAUGGAACAUGUUGAUUUUCAGUGGGACCCACAUAGGACUUGUAAUUAAGACUGGGAUUAUCACUGGCAUCAUUGCUCUCACAGAAGGCAUUGCAGUAGGAAGGACUUUUGCUACUCUGAGAGAAUACAGGGUGGAUGGAAACAAGGAGAUGAUAGCAAUUGGGCUCAUGAACAUUAUUGGCUCCAUCACUUCCUGUUAUAUCACAACAGGUUCUUUCUCACGGUCAGCUGUGAACCACAAUGCCGGAGCAAAAACCGCCUUGUCGAACAUAGUAAUGUCGGUGACAGUUAUGGUGACCCUCCUGUUUCUGAUGCCUCUAUUUCACUACACACCCAAUGUUAUAUUGGGUGCCAUUAUAGUGACUGCAGUGAUUGGCCUCAUUGACGUUCCAGCUGCUUAUCACAUUUGGAAGAUUGACAAAUAUGACUUCAUUGUCUUGGUGUGUGCUUUUCUGGGUGUCAUUUUUAUCUCUGUUCAACAGGGGCUGGCCAUUGCGGUUGGAAUAUCGGUUUUCAAGAUUCUGCUGCAAGUGACAAGGCCGAGGACAGUGGUGUUGGGAAAUAUACCCGGGACAGAUGUGUUUAGGGACCUACACCAUUACAAUGAAGCAGCAGUGAGUGUCCCUGGUUUCCUCAUUAUCAGCAUAGAAGCAGCGAUCAACUUUGCCAACACCACUUAUCUGAAUGAAAGGAUUUUGAGAUGGAUAGAAGAAGAAGAAGAUGAUGGAAACAAACAUCCAAACAUUCGAUUUGUCAUUAUAGAUAUGUCAGCUGUGAGCACCAUAGACACAACUGGGAUCACACUCUUUGGAGAUUUAAGGAAAGCAAUUAGAAAAAAGGGAGUUGAGCUGGUGUUGGUGAACCCAUUGGCUGAGGUUGUGGAGAAAUUGCAGAAGGUGGAUAAAGACAAUGAGCUGAUGAGACCAGAUCAUCUAUACCUGUCAGUAGGAGAGGCUAUAGCUUCACUGUCGAUGGCAAUGAAGAAUCAAGCAUCAAACAUGUACGAUGAGGAGAUGCAGACGAAUGCGCCCCCCCAGAAGCUAACCACAGCUUAAAAAGACAGGACACGCCAGGACAGCAACCCAAAAUAAACAAAAAGUUGCAGAUAUACAAUUAUGGUAAUUCAGGGUCCUACUGAUUGUCACAUGCUUUUCUUUUGUGUCUUUGGUAACAUGUUCCUAAAAUCCUAACGGAUAUUAAUAUUAGAAGUUGCCUUGUAAUUUUACUCGCAUCUAGUACUAGUAGGUAGGUCAUUCAUUCCCUUUCUGUAAUUAACAAAUUUUGUUUGGAGAA